AUGUUGCACCCGAACGGAGCAUUAGAGGACGAACUCGAUGAAGUGCCUACAGAGCGUGACCAAAAACCCAGAAUUAAUUCCACCAACUCUUGUGGCUGCAUGUCUUUGAAUCUUUGAACUUUCCACCAUCACUUUCGGCACUUGUUCUUUUAUGAAACUGGAACAGAACGGAAGAAAAUUUUUUUCCGCGCGGUUUUUCAAUACUUUUCGUGCUCUUCUGGUUCAAACAAAAAACUGAGAACAACAAAUGAAACCGUUAUUCAACUUGACUCACCUGAAAUUCCGCCAAUAUAACUUCCUGAACGAAACAUUCUUUUCGUAGCAAGCAUUAAUAGAAAACGCUUAUAAACGGAAAAACUUUUAAAUUUUUGAAUCUUUAUCGGUGCGUAUGUCGAAUACUGUAAAGUUUGUUUUUAUUCUCAAUUUAACUGUGUUGUCUCACCAGUAUGAAGAUUUCAUAAAAAAUCAUAUACUUUUGUAAGUUUUUCGUCCACAAAAAUUUUUGAUCAUUAAUACCGCAGAAAACUGAACGAUUCUGUUGAUCCCUGCGACGAUUUCUAUGACCACGUCUGCCCCAUGGGCAUAAGACAAGAAGAUUCAUUCAGUAGCUUAGCAACAGCUGUCUUCAACAAAGAACUCGAUGAAGUAGCUACAGAAUUUGAUGACUUCACGGUAUUUAUUUUUUGACUUUGUGAACAUUUCGUGUAAAGUUUUCAUCCCGUGUAUAGUCUUUACUUGGAGGGGUCGCUCUCAUUCUGAUACUUUCGCCUAGAACACUGUCUACAAACUCCAGCACAAGCUUCGCACCAUUCUGAGCUUGUAAAGGCGCAGAAGAACGAGGCAAAGGACUGUAAGACCAUGGUUUCAACUUGUAAGACCAUGUCCCCAAAUACACGUUCGAACUUCUAGUUCGCCGAAGGCGGUUGAUCAUUAUAACUUAAAAAGUUCUUGCUUUUCGCCUAGCCCACAACAUCUUACUAAAAAAAUAAACGAUUUGAUUGAUUGAUUUGAACAUCAUCAUUAAAUGAGUCAUUGCAGAAAGAUCUCAAAUCACAGUUGAAAAGUCGAUCAAUGGUGGAUCAACUUCUGGAGAUGUGAGAGAUUUUGAUCAUUUUUUUUGCAAACUUUAUUUUCUUACAGAUGUUACAAACCUGGAGUUGGAAAACUUCUAGCUCUUACUGUUGCCCGAGCAGCGUUCCCCACGUUUCCUCUUGCUGCAAAUUCCAACUGCGAAUCAAUCGCUUUCCUUUUUGGUUACACAACUACGCAAAACGAAUUGUCUGAGACUGUAAGUUGAGCUUCUCUUCAAUGGAGUCACAUCAAUUUUCAGUUUUUUGAUGUGAUACACUUGUUAUUGGACACGCCCAGAAUUUUGAAAUCAUUCAGAAGCAGCUCGUUCACCGAAUCUAGGGCCAUUUCUUUUGAACUUUACAAGAACUUAACUCUUGAGCUUCAACAAGAAAUACAAGUUGGUUCCGUCGCAGUUCGGAAAACUUUUCCUUUUCACAGAAUACCCCAUGGGUCGCCUACCAUAACGGCACUGUUGCUUUAACAGAGUUUUUAGCCAAAAAAAUGUCCUAUUUCACAGUGGACGACUCUUUAUUGGAAAAGUGGGAGCAAUAUUAUAGAGAAACAGCUGAAAUUUACAGGUAAGGUUUUUUUUCAGAAUAGGAAAAACUACUAAAUUCAGAAAAGAUAACUGUUCUCUUGUCUGUAUCUUCCUCGAAGUCUUCUCGAAACUUAUAGGAGAACUUUAUAUGAGUACCGAAGUCGCAUUUCUUGGAAUGGUCCGAUCUCAGAAUGCUUUUAACAAUGUGUGUGUGUGUGUGUGGUAACACGUUUUUUAUGAGUUUCAUUUUUCAGCAAAAUGAAGUAAUACUUACUCCUGCGACCCAACUACUUGCCUUAACACCGAACAAAGCUCGAAUGGUAAAUUUUUUCUGAUCAUGCAUAAUAGGCUUUUAUUAAUUUCAGCUAGGAACCAUAGGUGUGACGUUUGCGCACGAGAUAAUGCAUUCUUUCUAUGUUACUUAUAGUUCCGAAUAUCUGGCGCAGUUUUGGACAAACUCUUCGGGUUGCGUCAAGGAACAGUAUAAAGCAACUUGUGAAGAGUUUGCAGGGGUGAGGGGAAUAUUUUUCAUCUAAACUGUUUUUGGAAUAUGAAAACUUCGAAAGAUAAAAUUCAACUGAGUUUUCUUUCCCUUCUUCAAAACUACAGUCUCAUAAGUUUCAGUGAAUAAGAUUAUUGAGGAAAAAAAUGCGUCGGAGGUACGAAUGAAACGAACGAAGAAGAUGGAGCCGAUAUGGCUGGUAUACGAUUGAUUCACUCCUACUUCAAAAAAAUUAUUUGGAAAAAAAGAGGUUGUUGAGAAAAAAACUUUUUCUAAAUGUGAAUGUUUUAGAAGUCCGACAUAAGAGGAAUUACUACACCGCAAAUGUUUUUCUACUCUUUAGCAGCUAAGUACUGCUCAAACGUAUUUCAAAAUACUCAAAACUUUCAAAUAAAAAAACUGUUUUAGGCGAAGAAUAGGUAUGGUUAUCCAAAGGACACUCAUUCGGGCAACAAAGUGAGAAUCAAUGCAAUGGCAGCACAAAUGGACGAGUUCAAAGAAGCUUUCCAAUGUGCCGACGGCUCCAGAAUGGUCCGCAGCAAAGUUUGAUUUUGAGAUUUUCGUAUUUAGAGUUAACUAAAUUCUCAGACCGAACACUGUGUGAUUUUUGGAAGAGACGCUCCUGGCACACGCUAA